AUGGCUGACCCAAGUGAAAGGAGGGCCAAACCCCUUGCAAAUCCCAUCCCACACCCUCCCAGGGGUCUGGGUGCUGGGGAGGGGUCAAGUAGGCCAGUACACCCAUGUGUGUCCUGCUGGGAUCCUAGCUGGGCCCAGAUUCUGGACAGUGUCCUAGGCCUGGGAGCACUAGGGCUGACAAUUGGAGCCAUCUUUUCCAUGGCUGGCCCAGCCCUGUUGCUGCUGCUGCUACUGAUCAGCUUCCUCACCUUUGACCUGCUCCACAGUCCCACUUUGCCACGACACAGACUUCUCCCAAGGGGCCAAAGUCAGGGAGCUGGUGAGGGUCCAGAACAGCAGGUGGCUCCCUUCUUCCCAACAGAAGCAGUCCCAAGACAACUCAGCCUCCAGGAUGCAUUGCUUCUGCUGCUCCUGAGCGUGGGGCUGCUCCUGGGAGUCCGAGGUAUGCCUUUGGCUUUGCUAGGCCUGGCUUUCUGCCUCCACCCUUGGAUCUGA